UUCGGAGCUGGGGACCGAACCCAGGGCCUUGCGCUUCCUAGGUAAGCGCUCUACCACUGAGCUAAAUCCCCAGCCCCUUCUACGAGUUUUCUGAGCCUCCUUUAUAGUCUGCUAGACUCUGUGUAGAGCACCUGUCUGUGGUGUCCACACAAGGAUGCAGACUAUCACCCAGCCUUCCCCUCUAGAGCUGGCACCAAGCUCUCACACCCAGAGGUCUAGGUGUGAGACCGUCUCCUGGGGUGGUCACGUAUACCUGGAAGGUUCUAAACUCCCCAAGAACUGCAGCUCCCAGCGUUUUUCUCAGGAUCUCAUAAACUUUCCCAAGAAGUCUUAGUGGGACAGAUCUUUCCAUCUGUCGUCAGCAAAGGGAAGGUGCCUGGUUACCACCAACAGGAUCAUCUUCCUGAUUGGCAGAACUCCAUUCCCCCUGGCUAACCCUCACGACUUCAGAAAAAUCCCAGAAGUUCAACCUUGGUUUUCUUUAGUUUUUCUUUGCCUCCCUGGCUCUGGGCAUGGGAGCCAGGACCUGAGCUCCACCCCCAGCCUCUUUGUGUUUCUUUAUUGAAGAGAUGUGGGAGAAGCUGAAUGGCUGGACGUUGUGCCUACUCCUAUUUAUGAAAAGAGCCAAAUCUACUGGCCUCUUAAAGACACGCCUUUCGGAAGACAAACGGGACUUAGCCUGCCACUCGCGCCUUCAAAGGCCGGUCGGUCCACGGGAUCUUCGCUGGGACUCUGCUACCUUAGGCAAGACCAACUUUGAGGGAAAAUUUCUCUCCCAAACCACUCCUGCGCGCAAAAAGGCCGCGCCCUGGUCAUCCUCUGCUGGAACUGUUCUGGAGGGAACCCGCGCGGCUGUGGGGAGACCCAGGGACGAAGGGGCGCUCCUGCGCCUGCGUACAGGAGCCGAGCGAAGAGGGGCGCUCCCAGUAAAAGUGACAGCUCGUGAGUCACGUGGUGCUCUGGAGGCGGGGCUCCCGGCUUGCUCCUGGGCUCCGGAGAACUCGCACGUCACGCGGGAGAGGAGGGUGGGACUGGGCGGGGCGCUCCCUGCUGACUGACAGCUCUCUCCGCCACACUACAGAAAGACCCGGCUGGUCGCACAUCACGUGCCGCUAAAGGGGCGGGGCGAGCCCCGCUGACUGACAGCUCGCUCCGCCGCGCCUCAGAAGGACCCGGCACGGCUCACCGCGCCCGGCGCAUCCGCGGCAGCUGCGGACCCGACGGCGUCCGCCCCCUGCCCGGUCCCGCGGGCUGCCGCGGCGAGAGGGCCUCGGGCUGCGGUGCUGCACUCGCGAGGGGCUGUGCGGCGUGGCUGAGCGGGGACCGACGCCACGGGGCCGCUGAGCUGCUAGAGACUCCAGCCUUGGUGGCCAGCGACUCCCAACACCACAGUGCGUGCAGCUUCAGGAAGCAGCUCCCCGGCUGUGCACAUCCUGUGUGGCAGCCCAGCUACCAUGGAGGCCCCAGAAGUCCCUGUGGGCUCCCUGAUUGACUUUGGGACUGAACCACCCACCUCCCCUCCCUUGGAAGCAGCACCUUCAACACUCCAGGACCCAGAUGGCUCCCUGGGUGAUGGUGCAUCUGAGAGUGAGACCACCGAGUCCGCAGACAGUGAGAAUGACAUGGGCGAGUCACCAUCGCACCCGUCCUGGGACCAGGACCGACGCUCUUCCUCCAAUGAAUCCUUCUCCUCCAAUCAGAGUGCUGAUUCGGCCCCCGACGAGGAGACCUUGGCACUUCGCGAGUUCAUGCGCAGCUACGUAGAGAAGAUCUUCUCUGGAGGGGAGGACCUGGACCAGGAGGAAAAAGCCAAGUUUGGGGAAUACUGCAGCGGAGAAGAUGGGAAAGGCCGGGAGUGGUUCGCACGCUUUGUGAGCGCACAGCGCUGCAAGUCCAAGUGUGUGUCCGAGCCAACCUUCUACCGCCUGGUGCAGUCCUUCGCGGUGGUGCUGUUUGAAUGCCACCAGAUGGACGACUUCGGGCCUGCCAAGAACCUCAUGACCAUGUGCUUCACCUACUACUACCUGGGCAAGCCGUACCUGCCCCCUACAGAGCCCAGGGAGAAGCCCGCUGGCAGCAUUGACUCCUACCUGAAGUCAGCGAACAGUUGGCUGGCAGAGAAGAAGGACAUUGCUGAGCGGCUGCUGAAGAACACGGAGAACAUGAAAGGCUUCUUCGGGGGGCUGGAGACCAAGCUCAAAGGACCACUGGUCAGGAAAAACGAGGAGGAUGAGAACAAACCUAAGGACAGACAGACGAAGACUGUGACCGUGAUCAGCCCCGAAGAUGAACAGAAGGGGGAGAAGGUUUACCUGUACACGCACCUGAGGCAGCAGCCCAUCUGGCACACACUGAGGUUCUGGAAUGCGGCCUUUUUCGAUGCUGUCCACUGUGAGAGGCGGAAGCGAUCCCCCACCACCAGGGAGAAAUGGUGCCACAUGACCCAGGAGGAACGGGAUGACAGCCUGCGGUUCAAUGAGAACAUCACCUUCGGGCAGCUGGGCACGUUCACCCACAACAUGCUGGCCUUUGGCUUGAACAAGAAGCUAUGCAGCGACUUCCUGAAGAAGCAGGCUGUGAUCGGCAAUCUGGAUGAGGAGCAAUACAAGCUGCUAAGUGACCACAUUGAGCAAAUGGCCACAGAGUAGGAGAUCGGCACAUGCUCUUCUCCCAGGAGCUGUCACCCCAGUGAUGACCCUGCAUGACACCAGCAGCACCCAGAGCCGCUCCUUGCUGCCCUAGAACUAGCAAAGACUCCAGAAGCCUGUCUCCCCCUGCCUGUGUCUGCUCUCCCCUCUAUGUAUAAGGUGUCCCUUGGGUUACACAGCUAAAAAUGAGGGACCAUCUACCCCCCCCACACCCAUCCUUGAGCACCAGGCUUAUGACAUGAUGAGGGUGGAGGAAGAGGCCGUGAGGUAUGGUCACCACAGUUCCUGCUGAGAGCCAGGGAUAUGUGGACACUGAGGUCCAGGAGGGGAUCCAUACAGCUGUAAUGUGUGGACAGAAUCAGUACUGUGGGCGACAGCCUGCUACUCCCUGCCAGAGGGCGUCCUGUGGACGUAAGCUGUACAGAAGGACCAUGGAGCCUUCCUGAAAGGUCUUGCCUAUCUGCACUUCUCCACCCCCUCAUAUGACAGGAACUGAAAGAAAACCCAAGGGCUGUCACUUUCCCAGGGGGUGUGAGCGUUCUGCCAGCCACAACCAUGUCUCAGACUCAGGAGCUCUCUCUGUCAAUAGAACCUGUAAACUGUCCACUCAGCACAGUCUCCCUCAGCAGCAGCGGAAGUCCGUCCAUCCACUCCCAGGCAGCAGCAAUAUAUGAUGCGGGACGCAAGAAGCAUGGGGAAAAGUUUUCUUCGGCGGCUCUGGGGUGGCGCCCUUGCUGAAAGCAAUGGUUCAGCUGGAGCACACAGAAUGGAUCUGACUGAGGGAGGAGACCACAAGGGAGCAAGGCCGCCUGGUCGCUCCAGCCUACAGUCCUCUCCUUCUGAAAGGCCCACAGUGACCUGCUUCCUCUCCAUCCUUGUACACGUCUGACCCUCAGCGUCCAGCGUGCCGGCUCCAGAGCUGCUUGUUCCCAUCCACCCCAAUGGCUUUGGUCCCUUCUGUGCCAGCUCUUCUGGUCACUGACCUUGAACUAGGCCUGCAGGCUCUCCUGUCACCCUGUAUCACCUCAUCCUUCUCUGUCCCCCAGCCUUCGGUCACAUUUAGUCAUGUUCUGCCUGUGAGCGCAGCGGUUCUCCCCUGACAGCGUGAACUCAGCUGGUGCGGGGGCCUUGCCUGUGGGAGAGCCUCCCUAGGAUGUCCAAAGAAGAACAGGCGAGGCCAGCCCGGCUGUGGAAGGCACGUUUCCUGGGUGCUGAGGUGACUGAGGCGGUGCAUCAAUCACGGAGCUAUUCAAGCGAACGCUGACAGGAAGAUCAGCCCCUGGUGGCAGAGUAUGUGUCACUGGGGCCAACUAGUACACCUAACCCAGCAUCAAGACCCUAGAACCAUGUCUGUCUCCACUCUGUGUUUUAGAGAAGUGAUAUAAAGGGAGAUCGCCCUUGCUAAGUCCUGCUGUCCUUUCUAGAGCCUUCCUCUGCUGUGCAAGCAUGGUAUCCUGUCCUUGCUCCUCCCAGCCUGCAUUGGUAUGAGUUCAGGUACAGUAAGAUGACUCCAAGGUGCUGUGAGUUCUUGUAUGGCAGCACCCACGUGGUCUGACUUCUGCCUUGCCCUCGUGCAGUCUUGUACCACCUUAUGGGGAAGAGUGCCAAUGGUUCUAACAUGGACUUCAGAAGUGACUUUGAGACUGACCCUACUGACCUUUUGAGACGGUCACUUAAGGAAGAGGGAAGGAUGGUUCUAUUCUGUCUGUCUCUUGUUCCUUAUUGUUGCAGAUCCAGCUCCACAGUCAGAAAUUCUGACCCACUUAGACCCACACGCACUGCUAAGGACAUGGUAACCCUCUGGGGACAGGGCAGCCCUUGAUGGGAGCAAAGCUUGUAGGUGCCUGGAGGUGGUCCCACCAUCGCCUGCAGAUGUCCUCUGUUCACAGCUAGGUUCAAUGAGCAUUUCAUGUCUGCGAGCCUCUGGCCGGUCUCUGGGAGGUCACUAAUCCACCUGAGGUGCCCUGUCUUCCUGUCAUGGCCCUCUCCUAGGGCCCACCAAGCAAGCGUGAACCGGGUUCGCUGGCAAGCACUCCUCAGCCGCCCUGCAGAGCUCAUGAACCACAGACAGUUCAGAUUACCUGGAUAAUCCAAGCAGCAUCUCCAGUCUUGGCUGGUAGUGCCCAGAUCUGUGCAGGCCCAUUAGCACAGGCUCAAACCUCCGUGGGCUGUGACCUUCAAGGCUAUGUGAAUCAGUGUCAAGCACAGUAAAAUGUUUUCCCUCACAGGAAAAAAAAUAGUCUUGUUGUGAGAACAGGCCAGGGGGGCCACCACUCUGCUGUCUUCAGCUGUGUUAGGAGAUCGUGGGUGUUGGAGGCUGAGCAUGGCAGCCUCCAGGCCACCUCUGCUGAGUGUCUGGCCACAGGCAGAGCCACGCCGUGGUAUAUUGAGAGAUCUGCAUUUUUCAACCUGCCAGACUCAUUUUCUUCUUGUCCAAGACACGGAGAGACUGAGAAGCUCAGCAUCUCAGAAGGCCCGGGGUCAAGACUGUCUCCACGCUUCGUCUGCACAGGAAGGAGGUCUUCCUAGUUGAGCCUACUGUACUUCUGUAGUCCCUCACUCAAGAGGCGGAGGCAGGAGGAUCAGGAGCUCAAGGUCAUCCUCAGCUAUAUAGGGGGUUCAAAGCCAGCCUGGGCCCAACCAAUCAAAUGUGAUCUUAAGAAUGCAGGGUGGGCUUGGAGCCAGUGCCCCAGCUUGAGACUUAGCCUGAUGCAGAAGUAGGAUUCACAGCCUGCCUUGUCCAACCUCACCUGAGAGGAAGCAGUGGGUGGUCUGUCCCUGUUUCUGCAGUCCAAGGACACGGAGGCCUCAGGGACAGUGCCCUAGAAACACCUGCCACUCUAGGUUGCUACUGUGAGGGACCUAGCAUCUAUGUGGAAAGCUGAGGUCUAAUUCUGGUGACAUUAGCAGUCCCAGGCCACAAGCUCACACCCAACCUUGACCUUCCUGGGUCACGCUGACCUGUGGGUUUUUUCGCUAGGGAGGAAAGGUCUGGGCCUGCUCAGCUAGAGCAGCUUUAUUCCGGCUCCCAGAACACAUCAGACAGCCAGGAGACUUGAGAGCUAGAGGAAGGCAGUAGGCAGGGACUCUAGGAGGUGGCGCUGGCCCCACACCUCAGGGAAAUGACAGGACCCUUCUCAGCAGAGAUUCCUUGGUUCCAAACUCCUGCCCCCACUCCUCCCACCUUCCACGCCAGCUGCAGGGCCUUCACUAAGGGCUGAGCUUGCCUCACCCAACUCUUGUGCAGAUCCAGCCUCACAGCCACAGUCUUAGGUCUGUUUAGCUUGAGAAGCUGCAAGGGGACACCCAUGUUCAUGGACCUCCCCAGGAAGUUGGUGGUUUGGGGGACCAGCCUCACUGCAGACUCCAGGCUCUGACAGGCAGUGGCAUGGGCCCAGCUGCAAGCCAUGCUCAAUAGACAUAACUCCAGUGACUUUGCACUUUAUCUAGAAAGGACCCCUCCCCAUGGAUUGCCUCAGCUUUGACCCUGAGCUAAGGCUGGCCCGUCCCAUCCUCACUCCUAGAUGAUGCAUGUGUUCAUGAGGAAGGAAAGAGACCCUGCCUGGGGAAGAAGUUUGGCUCACAGCCACCCUUGCAAGAAGGGUUAGGGUCAGCCAGGGAGAAGAGCCCUGGUUAGGCCUUGGAUCGUCACAUCAUUCAGGAUAAAUAUCCCUUGGGAGGGAUGAGUUGGACAUUUAACUGCUAGGAUUCUAGAGGCUCAGACAGCAGGCAUGUAUCCCCAUGGGGAAUAUGUGAGGACCUGGACCGUCGGCUGCCUAGGCUGUACUCAGUUUUCAUGUAGCUUUCUAUAGAGAUUAAACCUGCAGUCUGUUCUUUCUCGGGGUUCCACAUCCAUUUCUUGCCAGCAGCUCCCAGUGAUGCUGUAUUUUGUAUGUUAGUUACACAACUUUGUGUCCUGUCAGGUCAGGUUCUAAAAUUAAGGCUGAGAAAGGUGUGAGGUCGAAGAUCUCUCAGACAGUGCCGUUUCCUGCGAAGAAAAAAAAAAAAUGUGUAUAUAUCCAUAGAUAAAGUACCUUGUCUUGUCAGGAGGUGAAAACUGAAAUAAAUUAUCUUUUAAAAAGAA